UGAUGACAAACACCCUAUACCAAUUGACUUUUUCUCGUUUCUAAUCUUCUCACCUCACCUAUACAUUUUUUGAAGCUUAUCAUUAACCUCUGGCGCAGCAUGGCAAGCUCGUCAUCUUCUGCUGCUGCACACCCGAAAAUACUCGAGGAGAUAGUAGAGGCAGGUAAAAAAGCUUUUGAUCCAAAUAAUGAUGCCAGCACUCAGGCAUCGGGCCUCGAAGCAUAUGACAAACUCAUCGAAAGAACACCAGUCUGGAAACUCUUGCCUGCUCUAAACACACUUAUUAAGCCAUCAGUUCUCCCACAAUGGUUACGAGAUCCUCUGGUCCAGACUCUCACCCUCCUCCCUCUACGCCCAACUGGUGUCCGUGGAACCAUGGAAUUUGUCUUCUCAGUACACCCUAGCAAUGUUGGCAGAACUCCAGAUGCAAAGGCUGGGCCACAGAAGCAAGGAGCUAGCAUAACACACGAAGGUGUCGCCGUUGCAACGAAACUUCUCUCAUCAGUUCCAACCAGCAUGACAGCGGAAGCGUGGUUCGAAGGCAUCUCAGGACAGUUGUUUGAGCUCAUCGAUGGAACUGCUGGUCCUGAACUCGCGAAAACCGCUUCUCAGAUCGUAGGUUAUGGUGUGUUGGGGAACAAGCAAUAUGGUGCACCUGGAUCUCCCGGUUGGAAUGCAUUUGUUCAGCCCCUAGUCCAGGAUAUAAAUCCGACAUUACGAUCGAUGACCAACCCUGAUUCUACUACCAUUAAGCAAGAAGACGAGGAAAUGGUUGAUCUCAGCCGUGAUCGUGUUCUCGUCACCUCCCAAUCUCUCAAAACAUCGCUACAACGCCUCAAGACUCUCGUGAUGUCCAAUUCUUCACCUGGGCUAUGCAGACGUCUCCUUAGGCUUGUAUUAUUACAGAUAUGGGUUCUCGCUUCGUGGCAAAACCCACCUCCUAGCACGGAAGAGAACUAUGUUCAGCCUGCGAGGGCACUGCUACAGGCCUAUUUGAGGAUAUUCGGUAAUUCUGAAAGUGUCAGACCAUUUGUUCGAAACCUCCUCUGCAGAGGCGCCACAGAAGGAAGUGAAAAGCCUUGGGAGUACCGACUCAAAGGUAAAGGCGAUAUUGAGAUCACAGAGCUUCGUGGACUUGAUUCAAACUCAGGCCUCGAGCUGAACUGGAACGAACUCGAAGACAAAGCAGCUAAGCUGGUUGAGUUCAUAACCACAUCGUGCUCGGUCACAGAGGUGUCAUCCAUCUUCUUGAGCCUCCUAAAGCGCUGGAUUGAAACAGCAAACAAACCAAAUGAUGAGAUCAAAAUUGAUCUGCGUCCUAAGGAUGAAAAGGCAGAUUCACCUCUGCAAAAUCUUUUCGAGGUCACUAUUCUACAGAAGCUGAUGGACAAGGCUCCAGAAAAGCUCGUGAGCCAGUUUGAUCAGCUGCUAGAGUUGGUAUGCGAAGUUCUUACUGCAGAUACUCAGUCGAGGCUAGCAGAUGACCUACUCGCUGUGGUACUGAGCUUACUGAAUCUGGUCAUCACUGCACCGACAUUCCAGAAAUCCCACAUUAAACCAGAAGAGCUCAAGAUUGUAGAGAGUUCCCUGGAACGAUUGAGCAAUGAAGAUAGGCCGCAAUUGUCACCUACAGCAAGGAACCUAGCGCUGCUUCUUAAGUACCGAGACGAAAUGGAGCAGGAUGAUAUCUCUGCCUCGGCCCCCAGCACCCGGCAGAUCGAAGAUCAGAGGACAUAUAAAUUGGCCAUGGAAUAUGUUACCGGGGGCGAUGAUAAUCCAGCCCCCAUCGUGUCUGAAGGAUUGAACCUGCUUUCUGGUCUGAUACUUAAAGACAGCCCAAUCCUCGACAUCCCUGCAGUUGCCGUGCUCUUGUCGACCCUACUCGAGAAUAACGACGACUACAUAAACCUUCGAGUCAUCAAAGUUUAUACUCAGCUGGCCAACAAACAUCCUAAAUCGGCAGUUCAAGAGCUUCUAGACCACUACUUAGACCCACAGGAAAAGUCUACGACGGAUGUUCGGCUGCGGUUUGGAGAAGCUUUACUGCAAGUGAUCCAGCGACUAGGGGAAACCUUUACCGGUGAUGUUGCACGCCAAGUUAGCGAGACCUUGCUGUCCAUCGCUGGACGUCGUGGAUAUCGAGCCAAAACUAUGGCUAAACAAGCUCGUGAUGAGAAGCUCAGAAAGCUGAAGAAGAAAAAGGAGGAUGACGACGAUGAUAUGGACUUGGAUGAAGAAGAAGUGACUGAAGAACAGAGGGCUAGGAAUGACAUUUUGGCUCAAAUUCUCCAAGGAUGGGAAAGUAAGAGAGGCGCAGAAGACGUUCGAAUACGAACUUCUGCCUUGUCAAUCUUUGGCGCUGCUAUCGAAACGAACAUAGGAGGCAUUGGGCCAACGCUCGUAUCUGGUAGCGUUGACCUUUGCAUCAAUAUCCUAGCAAUGGAACGAGAGAUGGAGACGGCAAUUCUACGAAGAGCUGCCAUCCUGAACGUGUUAAGUUUUGUGAGGGCUCUCGACGCUGCUAAGGAGUCUGGCAGGAAACUUGGCUUUGGUCUGACUGACGAGAGUCGAGAGGAUAUUGUGAGGACACUGCAAUAUGUGGCUCAAACGGACAACGAUGGACUGGUCCAACAGCAUGCAAAGGACGUGGUUGAAAGCCUUGAGAACUGGCAAAUGGCGAGCAUCCUCCCGCCGCAAGAGUCAACAAGCAGUCCAGGACUCACGCAGCUGGCGGGCCUCCAUGUCAACCCCGGCGGAACUUUGGUGGACGCAGCUGGGAAGCCUCGGCCACGAAUUGAGGAAGUGGAAUGAAAGACGGGAUGAAUGGGUGCGUCCAAGAGAUCGAGGGGAUAUCCAGGUCCCACGCUACCCGAGUACGGUAAAUGAUUGGCAAUCUCGGUGUCUACCUGAUCGGAAAGCACAACAGGGCGCAGCGCAUUUGAGUUGUGGAUAGUGACACCAUGUAGGAUUUGAGGUUCCCUGGAGAUGCAGCCAACUGCAGCUGACGACAGGGCUAGAAUUGACAUGGUUCAAAGUAACUCGGCGCAUAAAGAGCCUCACGAUGGAUGUGACCGUGCCUUGAAGAUGAGAUUCGCAGUCAGCAUAUCCCGACAGUCUAUUUAGCAUGUAUCAAGCAUAAGUUGGGACUUUGGUCAACAGCAGAACCGCCCGCCAAGGCCAAGUCUGCCUAUGAGCAUGAGUGAUUACCGAGACGAGACGAGAUGAGAUGAGCGAUUGCGCGGCUUGAAUGUUUAAAAUGAGCCGAAUAAUAAACAUUCUCGUAAAAAUCUAGAAAAGGAAGUCAAAAAGCGUUCCUAGAAUUUUAAACCCUUGCUUGGGGUGUUUUUGAUAUAUGAAGACGACAAC